GCUCGAGCUAGCUAGCUAUCCACGCUGAAUUGUCUCUAUCUCUCUCUUUGUGUGUGUGUGGUGUGUUUGAGUUGACGAGGUGCUUGAUCGAGCUACCCCAGCGAACUAGGUGCUGUUGGUUUUGGCAAUGCCGCCGGAGCUGGAGGUGUGUAGCCCGGCGUCGUCAGGGGGGGCGUCGUCGCCGGAGUCGCCGGUGGGGGCGGGGAGGAGGGGAGGGGGAACGGGAGGGGAGAAGAGGGGGAGGGGGGACGGGGGGCGGCACCCGUCGUACCGCGGCGUGCGGAUGCGGGCGUGGGGGAAGUGGGUGUCGGAGAUCCGGGAGCCGAGGAAGAAGUCGCGCAUCUGGCUCGGGACCUUCCCGACCCCGGAGAUGGCGGCGCGCGCGCACGACGCCGCCGCGCUCGUCGUCAAGGGCCCCGCCGCCGUGCUCAACUUCCCGGACAUGGCCGCCUCGCUCCCGCGCCCGGCCUCCGCCUCGCCGCGCGACGUCCAGGCCGCCGCGGCGCGGGCCGCGGCCAUGGAGCCGUCGUCGUCGUCGUCACCGCUCCUGCAGGGCGCCGCAUUGCUGGCCCCGCCGGCGUCCGGCGGUCCUGCUGCGAAUAAGCCGCUGCCCGGUAAGAACGGCGGCGGCGGCGGUGGCGCCGGCGCGGCGGACGACGAGCUCGAGGCGAUCGUCGAGCUGCCGCGGCUCGACGAGCUGGACCGCCUGGACGCCGCCGAGCUCGUGUUCGGCGCCGCGUUCCACGACGCGGCGGCGGAGGACCAAUCGUGGUCCGACUCCGUCUGGAUCGACGACGACAGCUGCGGCGGGUACGCGGCGGGCGCGGCCGCGGCGGCGGCGCACGACGAUCUGUUCGGCCUCGACGCCGACCACCACGGCUGGGUCCAGUCGGUUGGUGCCCUCUUGUGGAACCUGUAAUAAUAAUAAUCAUAAAUAAUAUUAAUAUCUA